AUCAAUGAUUUUGUAAGAAAUUUUCAGAAGUCCAACUCGACUCUGAAAAUUUUAUUCGAUUCGUGCGUUAAAUAAAGCUAUAAAAAUAAUUAAAAAACAUUGAAAUAUAAAAUUCAACCUUUGAUGUUAAAAAAAAUACUAAAAUCUAUUUGAUUUGACGAUUAAAAACCAAAAAGAAGUGAAAAUAUUGGGCUGACAUAUUUAACAAAGAAAUAGAAAAAAACAAGUGAAAAAAACCUUUUAAAACAAAGAAGAUAAAGAACAAAACAAAGUAAAACGAAAAAAAAUAAAGACGGAAAUAUAAAAACAAAAUAUUGAUUUGUCAUCAAAGUUUUAAGAAAAAUACAUCAAUAUUAAUUGUUGGCUAAAUGGAGGCAUCUGAUGGAUCGCCCCCACCAUCAUUGUGUAUGAUACGAGCUGCGGAACUAUUUCCUAAACCACAAAUGGAGAAAGAAGACCUACAGCUAAAAGUCGCGUUUCAGGAACUUGCUGGCGAGUCUGUCAAGUAUUUGGGGCGUACCGAUGAUGGCGUAUUGGCCUUAUCAAAUUAUCGCAUAUUUUUACAAAAAUCAUCUACAAAUGUUGAAACGUCCAUACCACUUGGUCUCAUUGAAUCGGCUCAAUGCAGAGAUUUGUUUCAUUUAAUUAUUUGCUGUAAAGACGCCAGCACGGUAAAGUGCUCAUUUGAAACAGCCGAGCAAUGUACAGAAUGGCAAAGGCGCAUACAAUUGUCAGUGGGAGUACCAGAAACACUGGAAGCUAUAUUUGCUUUUCCUUUCUGCUCAUGGGCGUGUGAUAGCUUAAACAAUGGCCAAAUGGGUCAAGUUGGCCCAACCAACAAUGGUGUGGCCUCAACUGCAGAGAAUGGACAAAAUCCAUCCUCAUACUCAGUAACAGAUUACGGGGAGCGAUUGCAAAAAAUGUCCUCUCGCUAUGAAGAUGAUUUUAUGCGUGAAGUAGAACGUUUGGGUUUUGAUCUAAACGGUUCGUGGCGCAUUUCGCAAGCCAAUGAAGAUUUCAAACUGUGUCCCUCAUAUCCUCCGAAGCUUUUAGUACCCUGUUGCAUUUCUGACGAGACUUUACAGAAUGUAGCCAAUUUUCGAGGUUCUAGGCGUUUGCCUGCCGUUGUGUGGCGUCAUCGAAAAUCUGGAGCUGUAAUAGCCAGAUGCAGUCAACCCGAAGUUGGAUGGUUGGGUUGGCGCAAUACCAAAGAUGAACAAUUGUUGAAAGCAUUAGCUGAUGCCUGUGCUUUUGAUCGUGGCGAACAAAUGCGUCAAUUGACUAACACCUCACAGUCUGCACAAAGUGUUCAGAUGCCAUCUGCAGAUAGUUCACCAUCCAGUCCAGACGGUAGUCACGAAGAGGUUGCUCUCGAUGAAGUGAGAAAAGUAUUGAUUGUUGAUGCUCGUAGCUACACAUCUGCCGUUACAAAUCGAGCCCGUGGUGGUGGUUGCGAGUGUAUUGAAUAUUAUCCUUGUGCAGAAAUUGAAUUCAUGAAUCUAGGCAACAUCCAUGUUAUACGUAAAAGUUUUCAUGCAUUGCGACAGUUAUGUGCCUCACCACCAGACGUACCAAAUUGGUUGGGUCUAUUGGAGAAGACAAUGUGGCUACAGCAUCUUUCUGGUCUUUUGGCAGCUUCAAUGACAGUAUGUCAUGCGAUUGAGAAAAAAGGUCGUCCAGUAUUAGUGCAUUGCUCGGAUGGAUGGGAUCGUACACCGCAAAUUGUGGCUACAGCACAAUUAUGCUUGGAUCCCUAUUAUCGUACUGUAGAGGGAUUUCGAGUUUUAGUAGAACGCGAAUGGCUUAGCUAUGGUCACAAAUUUGCUGAUCGUUGCGGCCACGGACCCGGUUCAGAUGAACUCAAUGAACGUUGUCCUGUAUUUUUGCAAUGGUUGGACUUAGUUCAUCAAAUACAUAAACAAUUUCGCUGCAGUUUUGAAUUUAGCAUGGGUUACUUGAUUAAAUUGGCACAGCAUUCCCAUUCUGGCUUAUUUGGCAAUUUCUUAUGCAACACGUUGAAGGAACGUCUGGAAAAUUCUGUCUUUGAAAGAACAUUCUCAGUGUGGUCGUUUUUAUCUGGACCCAUGUAUCGGAAUCCACUGUAUAAACCGAACAAAGAUAAAGUUUUAUGGCCGGCACAUAAUGUUCGAGAUUUAUCCUUGUGGACUGAAGUGUAUUUGGGCAGUUUGGGUGGGAAUCAACAGAAUUGUAUUGAUUUUCCAGCGUAUAUAAAUGAAAGUUUAAUGGGUUCCAUAAGUUCCAUGUCCAAGACAAGAUCUUAUGGUGAUUUAAUAACGGCUGGAUUCAUACAAAAUAGUAUUUCAAGACGUUCUAGUGAUCCAAAUAUGACUGUAGAUCCAAAUCUAACAAUCGGUUCAAAUUCUGAAAACAAUUCUAUAGCCGAUUUGCAAUCUGACGAGCGUGAAGAAUCACCUGAUUUAUUAGCGAAUUUCAUACACGAUACGACAAGAAAACUAGAAAAUCUCACAAACGAAUUAAACAAUCAUGACAAUGAUGACUUUAAAAUAGCAUCAAAACACCUUGAAACCAACCUGAAAGAAACAAUUGACACAGAAUCAACAGACAGUAGCAAUGGAACCGUAGAAUUGGAUGAUACCAAUUGCCCAAAGGAGCUAAAUGGCACAUCCACAUCGGGAAAUGAACCAACUGACUCUGCUUAUACAACAAAACUCCAACGGUUUUUAUCACAACCAACACCACCAUCAUCACUACAGGCACUGCAAACGAUAUCAACAAACAAUACAAAAGAUGUGGUACCACAUGAUUUUCCGAAAUCCUUAGAAAAUGGUCAUAAUGUUGAUGAACACACCAAUAAGGGAAUAACUAUAGAAAAGCAUUCAUCGUUAAGUUUAAAUUUAAUGCAGAGUGUAGAACUGGAAGAUCCUUUGUGUAGCAACCUGGAAUCAUCAUAUAAUGGGUCAACGUCAACAAAUGGAAAACUAGAUAGUUCACAGAACAUGUGGCAUGGUUCGAUUAAUACCAGCACCGACACUCUUGUGCCCUUGGUAGAAACAAAAUCACAAAAUGGCAGUGCAACAAUUACGCCCAUGACAGCAAUUGAAUUAAUCAGUACUGAUACCACAGAUGCUGGCGAAUGUUUACAAAAGCACUCCGACACCACAGCUGCCUCUUCAGUGAAUACUCAGAAACUUCAAACAGAACAAUUUAUUGCAGAUAAAUGUAAAAUCGCUAGUGUUAGCACAAAUUUUAAUAUUUUGCCAAAAGUACAUUCAUCAACGCCCAGUAACAACAGCAACAUUACAAUAAGACCAAAUCAAUUGUCCACCAAUGGUAGCAGCAGUCUGCUCGCAGCACCAUCUUCAUCAUUAACGAUAACGUCAACAGCAUUUGCUGAAACAAGCAAUAAUAAUAAAAUUCAAAAUAAUCUCACAAACAGCAAUAAUGACAAUAAAGUUUCCUCCACAUCACUGCUCAGCGGCGGCAAUGUGACACCGAAUGCCACAUCCAGUGGCAUGGAGGAAAGCAUACUCAUAUUACCUGAACAUCAAAAAUUAGAAAUUUCAUUUAGUGGUAAGUGCGAAAUGAUUGCCGCUAAUGUAACUACCUCGUCAGGUUCCAAUAUGCCUCCAAAUCAUUCAUUAUAUCCAACAACCACUACAGCGACAGCAGCUACAUUAGAUACGCCAACAUCGCUAAAUGUGUCACCAUAUGUAACUGCUGCCACAACUACAUCUGCGGCCGCUGCCACCACUGCUAUGUCUAGCCAAAGACGGAGGCGCACGUCUUCGUCGAAUUCAAAGCGUGAUGCUUUCGGCGUUGCCGCAAAACAAAUAAACAGCAGUUAUCUGUCCCGUUUCUCAUUGCCCGGUGGUGUACGUUCGUUACCAAUGACUCCGCCCGGUUUGACUGAACGACCACAAGUUACUAUUUCCUGCCCUGAUGGUCUCGCUCAUGCGUUAAGCGAAGAAAAUAUAAGACUUCAACAAAUUGUUCAUGAACAUAAGUUACGCGAAGAUGUAUUACUGCGCGAAAUUCAUGACAUGCGAAUGGCUCUCUUAAAGAAAAUAUGCCCCAAUUGUAACAAUGCCAAUGCAAACGCAACCAAUGAUGAACAGAAAAAUCAACAUGACUGUUCAACAACAUGUUGCCAUCAACACAGUAGACAAAGAUUUCAUCAUUCAAAUCAUAUGUAUCGUUAUUGUUGUCAAUAUCAUAGAAAACGUCAGCGUCAGCGAUAUUGCAGUGAACGAUCAUAUGAUCAUGAAUCCAAUUAUGACAACUAUGACGACGACGACGACAUUAAUAACGAUGGUGGUGACUAUACCGAUGUUGAUAGUGAUGAUGAUAAUAGUUCGGUAUCUGCGGUUAGUUGUCAUUGUUCUGCACUGGAUAAUGUUGAAAAUGCUUCAAUUUGCUCUUGGGAAGCUGUUGAAGAUCGCAGUACUAGCGGUCCUUCGUCCUGCACUACUACCAGUUCCUCAAUACAACCAAAUGCUACAAGCGUUUUAUGGGUGCCCGAUCAUGCCGUUUCGCGUUGCACCAGUUGUCAAACUGAAUUUUGGCUCGGCCGAAGAAAACAUCAUUGCCGAUCAUGUGGUCAAAUAUUUUGUGCUGAUUGCUCAGAAUUCUGGGCACCAUUGCCAGAUAUAAAACUGUUUAGUCCAGCGAGACUAUGUGGACCAUGUUAUCAUUCGGUAACGACACGUAUGCAGCAAGUAAACAAUCAGUUACAAAACAGUACGCUAAUGCACUUGCAACAAAGUACCGCCACAAAACCAGCAGCAACAUCAAAAGCCUGAAAUGAUAUGACGACAGCGCCCGCAUCAGCAGAAGCAGCAGCAGAAACAGAUAUAGCAGCACCAGCAACAACAACAGCAGCAUCAUCAUUAUUGUUAUGCCAACAAAAAACAACAACAACUAAUACUACUACUACAUAAUUACAUGCCAAUACAUAAAUAAUUAUUUUGGAUUUAUGCAAAUUAUGUAUGUAUGUAUUUAUAAUAUGUUAAUUAAUUAAUUAUUUUUAAAAAUGCAGAUACAUUUAAUGUAAAAGAAAGAACAAAAUUAUUAAUUAACAAUGUAAAACAUCAACUAAAUAGUUAACAACUGACGGACAAACACAAACAUAUAAACAUUAUUUCAAGAUGAAACAGAAAAGCAGGCAAAGACAUGAUUCCAAUGGUACCAGGUUUACAGGUUAUACAAACGGAAGCACUUGUAACAAGGAGCGAGUGAAAGAGCAAUUACUAUUAAGCCCUCACAUUAUAGCUUAAUUACUUUUGGUUUUUAGUUGAAACUUUAAAUAUUUUUUUUUUUUUAAAUGCAUUUUAAGUUUUUAUUUUUAAUUUGUCAUAUUUAUGCUUAAUGCUAUUAUUAUUAUUAUUGUAUGUAUUUUGAGUCAUCUCUCUCAUGAUAGUAAAUAUAAUAAAUAUUUUAGAAACAGA